ACCAAAAUCGAAAACACCUCUAUUUAAGUAUUUUUCUCUCUCCUUUCCUGUCACAUUCCCUUUCUUUUCCAUCAUUUUCUCGGGAAAAUGGUGGUCGACGACGAUCGCCUCGCCGAGUUGAACCCCAAGACCAGGACGUGCGUGGUCCUCGGCGGGCGAGGCUUCCUCGGGAGAUCGCUCGUGCUCAGGCUCUUGAAACUCGGCAAGUGGAUUGUCCGAGUCGCCGAUUCCGCUCAGUCCCUCGAGCUCGACCGCACGGAGCGAGAUUCGCUUCUUUCUCACGCUAUCGCCUCUGGACGCGCCUCAUACCAUUAUGUCGACGUUCGCGACAUGUCUUUGGUAAUCAAAGCUGUUGAAGGUUCUUCUGUUGUGUUCUACAUGGAUGACACUGAUCUAAAGGAUAACGACUUUUAUCAUUGCUACAUGAUUCUUUUUCAGAGCAUUUUGAAUGAUCUUAAGGCUCAAGCAGAAGCACUUAUUCUGUUCGCAAAUGAUAUUGAUGGCCUUUUAACAUGUGCAAUUCGUCCUUGCAAUGUAUUUGGACCUGGGGACUUAAAAUUUGUGCCGUUUUUUGUGAACUUGGCAAGAUCCGGUUUGACAAAGUUUAUUAUAGGGAGUGGUGAAAACAUGUCAGACUUUGCCUAUGUUGAGAAUGUAUCUCAUGCCCACAUUUGUGCAGAGGAAGCUCUAGAUUUUCGGAUGGCCUCAGUUGCUGGAAAGGCAUUUUUCAUCUCUGACCUUCAUCCUAUGAAGUUCUGGAACUUCUUAUCGCUUAUUUUUGAAGGCUUAGGAUAUAAACGACCAUUAAUUAAACUUCCUGCAACGAUGGUUUCCCUUAUUGUCUUGUCCAUCAAAUGGACGCAGAGAAAGUGGGGCUUCUUGAAAUGCAGCCAUUCUGCAUUUCACUAUAUCCAACUAGCCUUAUGCUCUAGAACUUUCAACUGUUCUGCAGCUCAAAAGCAUCUCGGAUACUUACCAGAGACCUCCCUUGAAGAAGGUGUAUCCCGAACCAUCAGAUCAUUAUCUCAUUUAGCAAAUGAUAUGUCUUUCUCAAGAUACUGUGAUCGUGAUGAACCAUCAAAAGUGGAGAAGCUUCUAGGCGGUGGUAAAGUUGCAGAUGUUUUGCUGUGGCGUAAUGAGAAGAAAUCAUUUUUAUGCUUCCUUUCUCUUGUUAUGUUGUUUAACUGGCUUUUCCUUUCUGGAAGAACAUUUGUCUCAUCUGCGGCCAAGCUUUUGCUGCUACUUUUGUUUAUUCUCUUUGGAUAUGGUGCUCUGCCACCAAACAUAUUUGGUUUUAAUGUUACAAGGAUACCUUCAACUUGGUUUGAGAUUCCUGAAGUUCUAGUAAAAGAUCCAAUUACUGCAAUUGCUCAUUUGUGGAACAAAGGGUUUCAUUGCAUAACUCCUUUGGCAAAAGGACAAUAUUGGAAAAUUUUCUUUAAGGUUGCAACUUUUAUAUAUUUUCUGAAGUUGAUUUUGUCACAGUUCCUGACAAUGGCUGUUGGUAUAGCUCUGGUGUUUGCAUUCACUGCAUUCUUUGUUUAUGAGCAAUAUGAAUUGGAAGUGGAUGGACUAGCGAAGUUUCUACGCGUCAGUGUAAAGGAAUUAGCGGGAUCAUUGGGUAGGAAUCUUCCUCAUUCUGUGGUAUCAUUUCUUUGUAACUUUGGAAUCCUUGGCCAAGAUAAAAGGACUGCUGCAGUAAAACAUUGGAAGUAGCUGUCACAAACACUUCAUUUUCAGCCCAUUUCACUUUCACUUUU